GUCAUUAGACAAUAAAAGCAGAAUUGUUUGCUUGCUAAAAAAAAAGGUGGAGAUAAUGUGGAGUUAUGGACCUUGUGCCAUCAGCUGAUUGUUGUUGAUAAACACAUUAUGCAAGAGUACACCGGGAGCAACGGAGGUAUUACUUUACUUGAUUGGGAGAGACAACCUGAUAGAUGCAUAAGAUGAGAACCACGUGAGCACCAUUGCUGCAGACAACAAAACUCCACCUGGUGUAGGGAACAUUAAGGGUGAAGAGAACAUAUUACAAGGGGCCAGGAUACUGCCACAAAAGAUGAGGUCACAAAUAGUGCUGAGUCGUCUUCAUGUACUGAGUCGAAUCCUUGCUACACCACGUAUCUGCAGAAGUCCAACAACUGCCUCUUAUGUGCCCCUACGCUUAAGUUCAGAGUCAUCAGUGGUAACCAUUAAUGAUGUGACUAAACAACUAAAGAAGCCAAAGCAUCCAGAGCUUGUGCCAGUUGGGUAUUUAUCAGAGGAGCUUCCACAGUCCAUGCUCAAACACCUGAGAUGGCUGCUGCAGAAGGAUCAGUUAGGGCAAGAUGUCUUUCUUAUUGGCCCUCCUGGCCCCCUUAGAAGAUUAUUAGCACUCUCAUAUUUACAACUCACAAAGAGAGAAGUGGAGUUUGUUACGCUUACGAGAGAUACGACUGACACUGAUCUCAAACAGAGGAGAGAGAUUAGGGGUGGAACAUCUUUCUACCAUGAUCAAAAUGCAGUUCGAGCAGCUGUUGAAGGACGUGUAUUGGUUUUGGAAGGUAUCGAGAAAGCAGAAAGAAAUGUAUUACCAGUUCUUAACAAUCUCUUAGAAAAUCGAGAGAUGCAGCUUGAGGAUGGACGACUAUUAAUUUCUAGUUCCAGAUAUGACAAACUGAUUCAGGAACAUUCCCAGGAAGAGCUAGAUAGAAUGAAUUUGGUACGAGUUGAUGAGGACUUCAGAGUUAUUGCUUUAGGACUGCCCUCGCCCCCAUACCAGGGUCACCCUCUUGACCCUCCAUUAAGGUCAAGAUUUCAAGCCAGGGAUGUGUCCAGUCUACCAUAUAAGGAACACUUGCAGCAGCUACUGGAGGAUCACCCAGGUGUUUCGAACGACAUAGCCUCACGUACACUGUCACUUGCCCACACCAUCCUCACCCAGGAGUGUAAAGGUCUUGGAUUGCCUGACUUCCCCAUAGACAACUUGGCCUCUAUUAUGACUAUUCUGAGUAAAUACCCAGAAGUUGAGCCUACAAGACUGAUCAAUAGGUUGUACCCUUACCAUGCCUUCCUACCUCAAGAAACCUAUAAAUCUGUUGAAGAACUGUUUUCAACUUUUGGUUUCAACCCAUUCCAGAAGAGCUCAACAAGUGCAGGCAUCAAUGAAGUGAGAAAAACACAACCACUGACAGACUCACAGGGGAUUGCUGAGGUCACACUCCAAGUAGAGAGGAAAGAAGUGACUACUCAAGUAUUUUCUGGGAACAGCUGGGGAAGCCCUCCCCCUCCAUUUGUAUUCACUCCAUACCACCAUGAAAUGCUCACAGAAAUUAUUCAGAGUCACAGUGUUAAGGACAUGUGCAUCAUUGGGCCACGUGGUUGUGGAAAGUCAGCAGUUGUUUCAAAAAUUGCACACAUGUUGGGUUAUCAGACUGAGCCAAUUCUUGUAUACCAGGAUAUGACCUCACGAGACCUUGUGCAGCAACGGGUGACCUCAGCUAAUGGUGACACAGCAUGGCAGUUUUCCCCCCUGGUGAAUGCUGCCUUAGAGGGCAAAAUGGCAAUAUUGGAUGGAAUACACAGACUUCACCAUGGAACACUGGCUGUAUUACAUAGGUUGAUUCAUGACCGGGAACUGCAGCUUUAUGAUGGCACUAGAUUAUUACACUCUGAUCGCUUUGAUUUAAUUAAGAAGAAGAAUGGCUUGUCACAUGCAGACAUGACUGCUCGGGGUAUAUAUCGCAUACAUCCAUCAUUCCGCAUUGUGGCAUUAGCUGAACCACCGGUAAUUGGAGCUGCUCAGGGACAAUGGCUGACUCCAGAAGCCUUGACUCUCUUCCUUUAUCACAACAUAAGGCGUCUCAGCUCACAAGAGACUAUCAGUCUAGUAAACAAAUUGGUAGGAGACUGCAGCCCUCCAGUGGAACAACUCAUUACACUUGCAUCCAAGCUGUCAAUGUCUACUGACCCAGCUCUACGUUCAUUGGCUGAGUCCCUAUCCCUACGACAGAUCAUCAGAAUAGCAAAAAGAUUUAGGGCUUAUCCAGCAUUUGAUCUCCACUCUGCAGUUUAUAAGGCCUGCCUUGCAAGGUUUCUUCCUCCACUGGCCAAGCAAGCUUUAGACUCAACUCUUGAAAAUCGAGGCAUUACAAAAACCAGCAACUUGGAAAACCAGGAACUGAUUUGUGAAGUGGAAGAUGGUGUACUUAGGAUUGGCAACACUCACGCUCAGGUCUACGUGCCUGAAACCAACACCAAAGUCCCCAAUACUCUCUUCUUUGACAUACAUCAGCAUGUGGCAGUGUUGGAAAACAUGCUCCAGGACUGGCUACUAGGUGAUCACCUCCUCCUCGUUGGUAACCAGGGUGUCGGAAAGAACAAGUUAGCUGACAGGUUCCUAUACCUGUUGUCUCGACCUCGUGAAUAUAUUCAACUUCACAGAGACACAACAGUACAGAGUUUAACCAUCCAGCCAGUAGUGCAAGAUGGACGGAUUCAGCAUGAGGAUUCCCCACUUGUAGUUGCAGUAAAGACUGGUCAUGUGUUGGUUGUUGAUGAAGCUGAUAAAGCCCCAACUCAUGUUACCUGUGUACUGAAGACAUUGGUAGAGAGUGGAGAAAUGUUGCUGUCUGAUGGUCGCCGCAUUGUGCCCAACACUCACCCCUUGGCUUCAGCAGACUCUCCGAAUAUCAUCAUCUCUCACCCUGACUUCCGCAUGAUUGUUCUGGCCAACCGUCCUGGCUUUCCAUUCCUUGGCAAUGAUUUCUUUGGGUCACUAGGAGACCUCUUCAGCUGCCAUGCAAUUGAUAACCCAAGUGUGGAAUCAGAGAUGUCUCUCCUACGUUCAUACGGCCCAGAUGUACCUGAAGACAUCAUGCGUCGUCUGGUGGGAGCAUUUAGCGAACUUAGAGAUCUAGCUGACCAAGCUCUUAUUCAGUAUCCAUAUUCAACAAGAGAAGUUGUCAAUAUUAUUAAACACCUUCAAGAAUUUCCAAAUGAUGGAGUAGCAAGUGUCAUCCGUAAUGUGGUGGAUUUUGACACGUGGUCGGGUGAUGCCAAGGACACACUCAUCCGUGUCAUGCACCAUCAUGGUAUUCCUGUUGGCACUUCUCCAAAUAGUGUAAAUCUAGCAAAAAAACUACCGCUGCCGGAGCCCAAGUUGACUGGUAUGUGGCAGGUCGCCCGUCAACGCCCUAAAGGCAAAACUGCUCUUAUCCAACUUCCUGUUGAGUCAUCUUCUAUUAGAUUGAAGGGUCCAGUUCAAUUGAGUGUAUUCCACCAGCCUGUAGAUGUGACGGAAGCUAGAUCAGCUGUUUUCACAGAGCAGCAGAGCUACUGGCCUCUUCCACUGUAUGAAACAGCUCUAGUAACAGACAUUGCUGUCAGUCCUGGAGGCACACAAGAUCCUCUUGAUGACUGUGUGCAUGUAGCCACUGUGGCACCUGCUGCUGUAUAUUCCUUUGUUCCCAGAGGAAGGAAACACCCAAUGAAACAGGUACUUCUCCAGGAUGUGCUGCCACGAUAUCGUUCUGCUUACCAGCCAAGGCUGCGAAUGUCACACUUACCAAACAAAAAUCUACUUAUCCAUGAAGAGACUUCAAACACUCUCAUGACUGUAGACAUGGACACAGGUUCAGUGACUUGCGUGCAGCUCAACUCCAUGUUUGAAGCUGCAGCUGAGACAUUGCUGAAGAGGCUGGGGUCAGGGGGGGGAAAUCAGACGUUUUUCCGUAUGUGUAAGAACAAAUUAGAACAAUGGCAAUUAACACUCUGGGAAGUUGGUGGAGGACGAUUAUUAUUCAUAAAUCUCCUUAAUGAGACCCUCCACACAGUUACUUUACCAAUCAUAAUGUCUUCUCUCCAUUUGCUAGAUGGAACCUAUCAGUUGCUAGCAGUUGAUAAAGAUGGUGGGAAGUGGUUACUGAAAGAUAAUAUUAAUAAUUUUGUGCUUCAUCCAGUAAUCCAAACACCAAAUGAACAAGAUUCUAGCUCUUUGAAUGUGUCUUGCAUUGCUCCACCUGCCCUGAGUGAUUUUGUUUUGUCAUCAGCACUCGGGCAGCAGAUUAGUGCUCCCAGUCGUCUCAUGGUACCUCCCGAUGCCUUGGCUGCUGUUGCUGUAGGUUUCCCAGAACUUGAUGCCAGUGAGAAUGAGAUCUAUGUCUGGGAACGAGAAAAUCUUUCUCUGAAGACCUCUCCGACAACCAGUGACCCAACUAGUUUUACCGUUCUUCUAAAAGAUGCUGGUCAGGUUGUAAGAGCUGUUGACCAAGCUCCCAAGAAUGCUUUUGAAUAUGACACUCAACCUUCAGGAGAUGGUUUGUUUCUGGAGAUAACAGAUUUAGUGAACCAUAGCUUGAGUUACGUUCCUGUUCCUCGUGCUUCUCAGUCGUCCCCUUAUUGGGCUUGGACUGUGUCAUCUCGAACAUCUCCACUGUUCCUUGCAGCAACCAGUGGUCAGGGAAUAGCUACUGUUGACUCUGCUGGAGUUGUACGACUUUGGCAAACAGGGAGUGUUGGUCUUCAAAAAGCCCUUACAGAGUGGCGCAAAAUGAUUGGUGAGGACACUGGACACCUUAGACUAGAGUUUGAUCGUUUCAGUGGUGAGGAUACCACUGAACCCAAACAUGGAAAGGAAGAUCCUUCCAAUGCUCCACACGUUGGAGGAAAUACCUGGGCCGGUGGCACUGGUGGACGUGAUACAGCUGGUCUUGGGGGUAAAGGAGGUCCAUAUCGUUUAGAUGCUGGUCAUGAUGUUCAUCAGCUAUCUCAAGCUGAAAAGGAUGCCGUGCCAGAGGAAGUGAGACGUGCUGCACGUGAAAUGGCACAGAAAGCCUUCAAAGAACGCUUGAGAGAAAUUAGAAUGAGUGAGUAUGAUGCAUCUCUGUAUGAAAAGCUUGCUAGCGGUGUAGAACAACAAAUCCGUGCAUUGCGUGGGAUAUUAAACUCUCUUCAAGCUAAAGGGAAGGAACGUCAGUGGCUUCGGCACCGCACCACAGGUGAAUUGGAUGAUACUAAAUUAAUUGAAGGUUUGGCAGGUGAGCGAAAUAUAUAUCGGCAAAGGCGUGAAGAGGAACCAGAGGUUGGUGCCCCACAAAGUCAUCCCAAGCGUCUUCGUUUAGUUGUUGAUGUGUCUGGAUCAAUGUAUCGUUUCAAUGGUCAUGAUGGUCGACUAGAACGUGAACUUGAAGCUACACUCAUGGUAAUGGAAGCAUUUGAAGGGUUUGAGAAUAAGUUUAAGUAUGAUAUAUAUGGACAUUCUGGUGAAGAAGCUGCAGUACCAUUAGUGGACUGUAACAGUGUGCCCCGUAACAACAAAGAACGUCUAGAUGUCUUGAAAACAAUGCAAGCACAUUCACAAUUUUGUCUCAGUGGUGACCAUACUUUAGAAGCUGCAGUGGAUGCUGUGAGGCACAUGGCAACUGAGGAGUCAGAUGAAAGCUUCGUAAUCCUCUUAUCCGAUGCAAACCUAGACCGGUAUGGCAUCAGACCAAGCGAGUUGACUAAAGCCCUUACUGCAGAAAGUACGGUCAAUACCUAUGCAAUAUUUAUUGGAUCUUUAGGUGACCAAGCAAACAGGUUAACUGAGGCUCUUCCUGCUGGACGUUCUUUUGUUUGUCUAGAUUUAACAAAGCUUCCACAAAUUUUGCAACAAAUCUUCACUUCAGCAAUGUUAAAAUAAUUGUAAAAUAUGCCACUCUGUUAUUAUAGUCAAUUACUAGGAGAACUUUCAUUUGAUGAAGAUAUUUAUGAACUAAAGUAGUUACAGUAAAAAAGGAAGAAUACUGUACUGUACUGCCUUAUAAAUAUUACAAUUCUUUUUUAUGGUUUUAAAGAAUUUAUUGUGGUACAGGCAUUCCCCAAUUUAAAAAAAAGAGUUCUGUUCCGGAAAACCUUCUAAUAAAUUGAUUUUUCAUAAA